CCCAUUGUCUCUCUUGGGAGUAAAACAAUGCUGCUCCAACCCCCAGGAGACUGUCUGAGGUCUGGAGUCAGCACUCGCCAAUCCAGGCUGAAAACACACUGACUCAUGAAUGAUUCAUGGUGUGGGCGGGAGCUUCUGUCGCUGCGAGCUGCGCCGUGGGCCCGACGCCGAGAUUGUGACAGGCUGGUUAACCAACGGUGCAGAGGCAGGGCAAAGACGGAAAGAGCCAAUGAUGGAGAGGAGGAGCCUGUGCCGCUCAGCUGAGACGUGAAGAGCUGCAAGGAGUGGCGGAAGGGAGCAAAGGGAGGGAGUGCACGAGCGACGGCUGGAAGUGCACGAGAGUGCUAGAGGAGGAAAACAGGUCGAGGAGUGAACGCGGGGGGAGGGCGAGAGUGGGAGACAGAGCGAUAGGUGGAGCACCGAGAAGAGGAGAGAGCAUCUGUUGACUUGCAUCUUCUAAAGAACUGAUCCAGACACACAGGAGAAAUCAUGGCCAACCUCACUGCCACUAUAAACCCAAGUAAUCUCUCGUGGCACCAUGAGGCAGUCUCUCUUUCCCAUGUCUCCUUGCAAGUCCAGGAAGUGUACCCCUUCCACGACGGCUGGAACGUGGCGUGCUUCGUCAUCCUCCUGCUCUUCAUCCUCACUGUCCUGUCUCUGGCUGCCUUGGCCGUGCUCUACGAGCUACUUGACUGUGGGUGCUGCGCCAAAGAGAAGACACAUCACCAGCUACAGGAGGAGGGGCCAGGGAGCUGCAGCAAGCUCAUGACCAGCAUUUGCAAGGAGCCAGAAUCGCAUACUGAGGUGGUAUAAAGGCGGCCAUGACGACGAAAAGGAACUGUAGGAAUUCGGGGGUCACUGCUGAGCCGGGCAAGAGCACAGGCGCUGACCUCGACGCACAGAGAAAUGAACUUCUAAAACAAUGUAAUAGUGGUUCAGACGCUCACAGUUGAAAAGGGAGCCCAGAUACCAUUAAAAAAGAAGGGGGCAGUGUUUCAUUGAUUUGGAGUGAGUCUUAAUAGCUUUUUUAUUUUGUCUAUGAGGAAACGCUCACACAUAUACAUUCACUACCACUUAACAUAGAGUGCAGACCCUGAAAGCCAUAUUUUACACCAGAAAAUAAUCAGGAGAAAGAGAGAGCACCAGAGUAGAAAAUGACACCAAGAGUGAUUAAAAAAAUAUAUAUACACAAUUUAAAUAAUCUUGUUUUUACUUUGUUUUCUUUUAUAUAGUAAAAGCCCAAACAUAUUAACUUAAAAAAAAGACACUAAUCGGAACAAAUAUCAUACAUUUAAAAAAGAAAGCAAGUUUUCUUGUUCAGCGACACCUGCCCUGUGAGUACUGCACAUACUUAUUACCUGUUUGAUCCAGAGAACCAUCUACGAGAGGUUGUAAAAUGUUGUACACAAAGAAGAAUUUGCAUAUUCUUGUUUCCCAAGCAGCAAAGACAUAAUCUUUAAGUUGGAUAUCAUCUUUGCAUUGGAUAAAGCCUGUGUUUUUCUGCUCUUUAGUAAAUUGUGUAACUGUGCUGUUAACAUGUUAAGCAUUACAACAUUAUUUGAUGACUGACAGUUGGUUGCUGCACAGUGAUGUACUUUAUCAUGUCAUAUUAAGGACGAUGUAUAAUUUCAUAUGCCUUACCACAAAAUGCCUAAUAAAUUGUCACUGAAUUAUG